AUGUUGAGGUCUUGGGUAAUUGGGCUUUGCGCAAGUUCUUUAGCAUACGCGAUCCCUCUUUCUGAUCAUAAAUACUCGCGCCUUAUUGUUUUCGGGGACAGUUUCAGCGAUAAUGGCAAUGGGUCUUGGAUAGCUAGCAAUGGAUCUUGGCCGGAGGAUCCGGCUUACUACCGGCAUUCGUUUUCGAACGGACUGAAAUGGAAUGAUCUGGUGGCUAAGGAUCUUGGUCUUGAGUUGGUUAAUCUCGCAACUGGCGGUGCAACUACAAACAACGAUUUCGUCGCUGGGGGCACGGGUGCGGAAUCGACUAUUCCUGUUCCUUCAGCUGCGGAUCAAGUCCUGUCGUUUUUGUCCUGGGAUAAGCCUCGAAAGGGAGAUAUCUUUGUUCAUUGGAUUGGUGCGAAUGACAUCCUGUUCAAUACGAGUAUCACUGGGGGACAGGUUACAAGUUUGGUCAACGAGAAUGUUGAGCGAUUAUAUCACGCAGGCGCAAGCAACAUCAUUCUAGCCAACUACCUCAAAAUCACAACUUUCCCAGCAACAUACAACUCGUCCACCUACGACAUCCCCAGCGUACAAGUCUUCAGCAAGGAUCUUACCAAAGGUCUGAAGAACAUUGCUGCUGCAUACUCUGCCUAUGCUCAAACUGCUCUUGUUGACGUGGGUGGUUUGUUCGAGGAUAUCACCUCGGAUCCCGAAGCGUAUGGUUUCGAGGACAAGUACGUGAACCCUCCUACUGCAUGUCUCACAGGCGUCUAUACGAGCGAGGGUGUGCCAAGGAAUUUGUGCAGUGAUCCGGAAAAGCAUGUUUUCUUUGAUUCGUAUCAUCCUGUUAAGGAGGUGCAUGCUUUGAUUGCGGAGUUGUUUGAGGAGGAGAUUGGUGGGUUUUCGAGACGAGAGUUUCUUUGA